UAUUUACACCGCGAUGAACGCACGCUAACAAGUCACAAAGGGGGUGUGGGGGAAAGGCACUCUUUUUCAUCCGGGGAAUAGCGCGACCUCACGGGGGGGAAGUUAGCGGGCCGUGCGCCGCUCUGAUCGGACUGCCGUAGUCGGCCGCACCGCAGCUGCUACGAUGUGUGUCUGCCGCUCCACGAAGCUCCGCCGGGGAAGUGAGCCGUUCACCGGAUGAUGGACAGGAACUACCCGAGCUCCAGCUUUGCGGACGCGCUGGCUCCGGCAGCACAGCCCGCAGCUUCUUGGGCCUAUGGCCGCGGCUCGGCUACCAUCAAGCCGAGUUCCAGUUAUGGUGCAGCACAACUUGAUGCAGGGCUCCUUCAGCGGCAGAGCUACACUUCAGUGCAGCAGCUCCCCACCUACACUACAGCACAUCUUGCUGCCCCUACAGGAGCACUUGACACAAACAUUAAUACUUCGGAGACCUCAAUCAUGAGCUUCCUUUCAGCCAUGGAGACAAGAAGUCCUGGUAGUGUCUCGCUAGUUCCUCCUUUUCGACCACCAUCAUGGACUGCAGGUACCAACUCCUCCAGCACAGAGCUAUACCUGACUGGUGCUUUGCCUUCUACCGCCACAUUUCCUUCUCCAGCUGCUUUGUCAAGCUAUCAACACAGCGGUCCAUAUACUUCCAAGAGUUAUUCCACCAACUCUUCCAUGGCUCUCCAGGAUCCAGCCCUCAGCACUUCCACCAAUAGUCUAUUGUCUCAUCCCGACUCCCUCCUGCAAGUCAAACCGAGCCAAACCGUGCUUCCACCUGCCCUGGCUUUCAGCCUUUCUGGACCUGUUUUGGCCUCAACUCUGCCAGUCCAGUCCUCCACAUACCGUUCAGCUCAGGAGUCAGCCCCCCACCUCCUACAACCACAGUUCAGCCUUCUGCCAUCAGCCCUUCCUGCUCCUAAUAGUGCCUCACAAUCCUGUGGGACCACCGUUUUCUCAGGCUCCGUCGAGAGAGCACUUCAGCGAGAAUGUAGCGUGAUCAAACACCACCAAAGGCCUUCUACGAGCCACAUAGCCUCAGAGCAAAUACCCAAUGCUGAGGACUCCUUACAGGGCUACUAUGGCUCUGGUAAUGAGGGAAGCAUGUCCUACCGACAUGACCAAUCCCGCGAGACCCCGGAAUCUUGCAGCCCUUCCACAGAAAAAGAUUCAUCUCACAGGGUCAAUGGUGCCCUGCAACACAAAGCGGACUCAGUCACUCAAAGCUAUUCAUGCACCACAGUGCCGACAACUAAAGAGUAUUCCUCCAAAUUAGCUUCUGCAGCCCAUGAAGAGAACCGCGGACUUCCUCAGAACCUAGCAUCACAGUCCCCUGAGAGUUUUUCCAACCCUGGGCAAAAGCAGAACUCUGUAAUUGGCAACCAACUAUCCAACCUUAUGUCCAGCACUCUGUCCCAAACCUAUAUCACAACGCAUACCCAGUCCCAGCCCUCUAAUUCUUCAUCAGGCAAUUUGUCCUCCCUUUACAAAACACCACCUUCCCUGUCGAGUCUCUCCGAAUCUGGGGCAUCUGCGAGUCGGGCUCUUGUUUACUCGUCAAGUCCAGGGCUGAACCAAGGACAGUAUGGUGUCCAGGCUCAGGGUUUGUGUCAGGGGACUCUCUCGGGGAGCUAUCCCUCAUCUCACUCUCAGACUGACCUAAAUGUGACUUACACGUCAGAAUCACAGGAGCAGGCUUCAGUGACUCAGUCCCAGCGCUAUGCCACAGUACAACCCAUGAAUCCCUCUUACCAACCCACCUGUGGACAGAAUCUGUCCACCUCUGCACAGGACUACACCCUGAUGCAAGGCUCUGUGGGGAAUAAAACACUUCCUGUCACCAUUUCCCAGCAGGCAACAGUGCAGACGAAGCAAAUUUAUGAGACUGUGUCUGCUGCCUACCCGCCAACUACCGAAACUUUGGGUAAUGAUAUCAGCUCACCAUUAAAGGACAUCAAGCCAACAUAUGGCAAACCGACAUUUGAAGAACUUCCUAUCCAGGAGCUACAGGCUCUCCAACAAGCACCCAUGGAGGGCUCAGUUGCAAACGGCACCACGGCAGCUCCCGACAAUGUCAUCUACGUUGUUUCAAAAACGGACGACCUCCACAAAACGCAAAGCGUCAUCAGAGACGCUUCGCAUUCUCAUGACCAUCUUACACAGCUGAACACAGCACAAAUAAGGGAACAAAGAAUGAGCUCCCUAAGUCAACAGCACAGUCACCUCAGUUGUAUCAAUGGACAGGAAAAUGGCAAUCCAAAAACAACCAACUCCAGUAUUAUAUCUUCACAUGUGCUUCUUAGCCCGGAACCACUUAAACAGCAUCCUGUCCUCAUCAAAUCAUCCGAGGCGCAACAACAAAACCAGCAGGACCACACCCACUUUAUCAGCGUCCCGAGUGCUCAGGUUCUCUUGGAGCCGAAUCAGAUGAUUUUUCUUCAGCAGCCCCUUGUGCACAAUUCCCAGAUGUCCUCAAAGGUCAUAUCAGUGCAGGGUCUUCAAUCAGCCCAGGGCUUGGGCCCUCUUAAUAUCCAGUACCUUCAGAUGGAUCGGGAACUCCUGUGUCCCAAUGUCACCGGAAGCCAAAGUCAGCAGGCCGCAGUCGUGUCUGAGCAGAGCUCAGGUUGCUCCGAAUCUUCUAAAGACCACUACAGCCAGUCAGGUGUUCACCAGUCAAAUGAUGCUAAGAACCACUUUGCUCUUAACUCCCUUUGCUUCUCGGAUUCCAUGUUACUCGCCGACGAGAGAAAUAUUUUAUCAAACGUCGACGAUAUCCUGGCUGCUACUGUGGCCGCUUGUGGCGUCACCCCUCAAGACUUUGUCAAAGGUACGUCCUCCACAGAAGUUCAAAUGGUAGCGAUGGCAAGUCCUGUUGAUUCCAAGAAUCCCUUUCAGACGGUUGGUAUAACACAAAUGUCACCGAGUUUCUCGAUAGCUCAGCAGAAGAUCCUCACAGACACUAACUCUCACUCCGUGGCCAUGACACUAAAUCGUGCACAGAUCUCCACAGACCGCCAAGGACAGCCCGUUCACCACUGCAACAGUUCUGAUCUCAACGCAAAUGGGGAUGGCGAGAGCUCUGAAAACGACUAUCCCUCAGCAGGACAGUUUUAUGACCCCUCAGGUUUCCACAGCAGUGUCAAAAUGGAUGCAACGUGUCUUAAAACUGAGAACAACACCACAGAGUGCCAAAACAUACAAGAGUUACCCAAAAAGGAUGUCGACUCGAAGGCUUUAACAAGGCCAGAGGGUUCCGGAGAGGAUAAUGGACCACUUAAACCAGCCAAGCGCACUGGGCCGGCAAAGGGGCCUAACCCCAAGGGCGGCGACCCCAGCCCAUCUCCUUCUCAAAGUGUCUAUGACGGUUGUCCACAGCAGGAAAGGAUCAGGCAGAAGAUUCGGGAAGUGGAAGCCAAGCAACCAGAGGUGAAAACUGGUUUCAUUGGGUCUUUUUUGGACUUCAUCAAAUCUGGCCCCAAACAGCAGUACUCCCCAAGUCCUUCAAGAACCGUUAGCCGCUCCAAAAAGCCUGCGACCAAACCACCACCGUUUGUUUUUCCUCCUAAAAUUCAGAGUGUGCCAGCUUCUCUGAGUUCCCAGCAAAGUCAAGUCGUGAGCUCCCAGCAGAAACGUCUGGAUGAAGAGUUGCAAAAGAACUUGGAGACAUUGCCAACCUUUAGCUCCGAUGAAGAAGAGCACACGGGAAGAAACCAGGCACUGAGGAACAGCAUCAGCUCGGUGCUCUCUGCUCUUGAUGAGCCUUCAGAACGGAAAGCCAAGCCAGAUAACCACGACCCCAGUAUGGUGCCAAAACCAGUCCCUGUUCCCACAGUGCCACUCAGCAUCACAGACAGCCGCUUGCCACUACUUCCCACGGCUUCUCAAACGUCAACCACAGACACCACAGUAGCGACAUCUACGAUCAAGCAGGAGCCCACCGCAACACCGCCCGGCCAGCUCGCUGUUCAGUUAGUAAGCGUGGCAAUCGAGGGACUGACGGAUGAGGAGCUGUCGGACAGUGGAGGCGAAGGAAUGUAUCGGGAAAGAGACGAGUUUGUUGUGAGGAAUGAGGAUAUUGAGACCUUGAAGGGGACAAUGCGUGCAGGAAGUGAGCCUCCCGCCAUCUGGAAAGUCCAGAAGGCUUUGCUGCAGAAAUUUGUGCCUGAGUUAAGAGAAGGCAAGCGCGUCUUCUCUGCUACUAACAGUUAUCUUGGAUACUUUGGUGAUGCUAAAACGAUGUAUCAAAGGGUCUAUGUGAAGUUUCUGGACACUGUUAACAAAAGGGAAUAUGUUCGAGUGUGCAGUCGGAAGCCACGCUGCAAGCCCAUGAACUCACUAAGGGGCAUUCAAGUGAAGACUUUGCUGGGCUUGACGGCCGGCACCGUCCCGUCAUCUCCAAGCCCAAAGCCUCGUCCCAAAUUACUCAAGCCAAGGGCAGAGCCCCCACCCAAGAAGAGGAGAAAAUGGAAGGAGGCGUUGACACCCGUUGCCUCGGGAUCAUCCGCAGAAGAAGAUGAGUUAAACCCCCCUGUGCCUUUUGCUUCACGACUUCUCAACACACGAACUAUGAAGGAGACUUUCAGGAGCUUUGUGGAGUUACUCAUCAGUGUUGCCCUCAACGAAGAUGUGAUGACAGAACUUGAGCGAACCAGUGAUGAGCUGCUGUUGCCACAUCUGAGAAGGAUGGAGGGCUUAAUCGGUGAUAACAGGAAACGCUUGCUUCACAAACUGCACAUUGAGCAAGUCCUCAAGACAGCACUGGAUAGAUUCCCAGAAAUUUCGGUGGUCACAGAGCUGAAAAAUGAUGGGGAAAUUCCCGCCUUCAAAGUGCGACUUGGUGGGAUGGCUUACAACAAGAAGACCAUGAAGCCUGACAAGAUGUCGAAAGAAGUGCCACAAGAGUACACAGUGGAGCAACAGAAAACCCAGUGGUUCUCGCUGUACCACUCUCUCCAGCACUACAAGUACCACACAUACCUCAUGUGUAAGGAUGAGAUCGCCAUCCAGCGGGUGCAGGCGGGUGAGCUGGGGCAGGAGGAAACCGUGCAGAAGUGCCUGCGGAAUGGAGCUUGGCUGGAGGGGCUCUUUGAUCGUUUUGUGGAGCUGAUAAAUCAAGUGCAGCAGGUCUGCCGAUGAACAGCCUCAGAUUCCAAAAACACUCAUAAACUUGAUGACUUGCCCUUAAACUACAAAAGGAUCCUAGCAAUAUCGUGCCAAUGAGGCAAAGAUGUAUGUUACACACGCCUAUGGAACUGAGGUCUUAAUAUGAAGACUAAUGGAAACUAGUCUUCGCCUCCUUUGUCUUGACAGAAAGCACCAAGAGACGACAAGGGCUUUUGUUUUGGGAACUUUCUCCUCAAUAAGCUCCUCCCAGUCUGUGUUUGUUACCACAGACCCUUUUUUUAUUGGUCACGAUUAUAGAUUUAUAGUUUCUAUUUUUUUAGCCAGAUUAUGAUUGACACUAGAUAGAAAUUAGAUGGCUGACAGAUCUAACAAGCUUUUGUCAUUUGUUUCGAUUAGUAGGUUCAAAUACAGACAAGCUUAUUGAUUGUAAUACAAAAUAUAUAUAUUUAACCUUAGUUAUAUACUGUUUGUAAAACAUCCCCUUUUUAAGUGUGCCAACUCACAUGGUUAUUCAUGAUAUAUAGUGUACAUUUUGUAUAAAAAAAAUAAUAAAGCAGGUGGAAGUAUUGCUAACAAAAUACUGUAUCUACUAUUCAGUUCAACAUUUUGCUUAUAAGAGUCAUUUUUAUGAAUAUUGUUUUUCUGAGGGUAAAGUACAGCUGUCUUUAUACUCCUUUGCAUAGCUCCGAUUUUAAUGAUGAAUAGAUUUCUAUUUUUCACAGAAGUAAAUAUUAUUCUCUACUUUUUUCAUUGUUUACCAACAACGGGCAAUUUUGAAGGUCACUUUCAUGCUCUCAAAUAUUCUUGGUUUCCCAAGAUGCUGAUUGUUAAUAAAGUGCCAUAUGUAUGACUUUGAUUUUUAUUUUCUGUGUGGAAAUUGUUGCCAUACGGCAGGCUAAACCACCAUUCCUUGUAAACAAGCAUUUAGGGAUAUCAUUUAAAGAUGCAGAGAGGUGAAGGAACAUGACGUGAAAGUGCACGGAGAACAUCUCAAAAUAACCAGAAUUUACAUGCCCAACUGGUUUUUUGUUUUUGACACUCGUGCCACAUUGUGGUUCGAUAAAACGUUCCGCAAUAAGCACAAGAGUGAUCAGAGUUUUUCCCUUGCAGUGAAAAUAAGUGUCAAUUGCCAGAUGUGUGGGUGUGAGUUGCUGACGAACUUGUUCGUGAUUGUCAAGUUCAGUCCAGGUUGGUUGCGCCGCAUGGUGUGCAGGUGGCUUCAGAAAAGUACCGUUUGUGGAUUAAAUGUCGAUUCCAUCCAUCCAUGCAUGCAUCCAUUUUCAAGACCGCUUAUCCUGAAUGGGGUAACAUGGGAUUUGCUGCAGCCUAUCCCAGUUGACUUCGGGCAGAAAGCAGACUACACCUUGGCCAGGCACAUAUAGAGACGAACAACCACCCAUACCCGCAUCCACACCUUCACUGAGUGGGGAACCGAUCCCACGCCGCCCGCUCACAAGUCAGGCGAGUGUAGAACUACACCACCAGCAACUUAAAUGUGUCCUCCUUUAUUAAAAUCCUGAUUUGAAUGCACUGAAUUCCAAUUCAUUUAAAUACAUGUGUUUGUGACCCACAACAGAGAGACAUUCCGCAGCAACCUGGACUGGGAUUCAAAGGGAUGAUACACUUGAAUGGUUUGAAGAGAGUAGGUUGCUGCUUGCUCUGUAAACAAUCAGUUUUGUAUGCAGAGUAAAAACAGACACAACUACAUGCACAUUAAAUGUUUUUUUCUUCUU